CUACCGCUAAACGUAAUAUAUUAUUUCGCGUCUUAAGGUAGCGUGCUUUCGUUAUAUGUGCAAGGCACCCACGUCCUCUCACACACACAAUUCUCUUUAUUAUUAUAAUAUAACCACGCGCGCUUUUAGGCUACCAUUUCUAGUCGGAUACAAACACUAUCCACCUCUGAUCACUUCGUCACUAAUUCGAACAGCAACAUUCUCAUACAACCAUAUAUACACAUCCUUUAAAAAGAUAACAUGCAGGCUAUCAAGUGUGUAGUGGUUGGUGACGGUGCGGUCGGAAAGACCUGUCUCCUGAUCAGUUACACUACGAAUGCGUUCCCCGGAGAAUACAUACCCACUGUGUUCGAUAACUACUCAGCUAAUGUGAUGGUGGAUGGUAAGCCUAUCAACUUGGGAUUAUGGGAUACCGCUGGUCAGGAAGAUUAUGAUCGUCUGCGUCCUCUAUCGUACCCACAGACGGAUGUAUUUCUCACCUGUUUCUCACUGAUCUCCCCAUCAUCAUUCGAGAACAUCAAGACUAAAUGGUUGCCCGAAAUCUCGCAUCACUGUCCGAAUGUGCCAUUCCUCUUGGUAGGGACAAAGUUGGAUUUGCGCGAAGAUCAGGAAGUAUUAGCUAAAUUAAGGGAAAAGAAUCUGUCACCCAUCACAGCCGCCGAGGGCCAGGCAUUGGCUAAGGACAUAAAGGCCGCACGCUACCUGGAGUGCAGCGCUCUCACACAGAAAGGUCUCAAGAACGUCUUUGACGAGGCGAUUAGGGUGGUGGUAUCGCCGCCCAAGACCAGCAAGAAAAAGAAGCAGUGUACUCUACUCUAGACAGCGCGUGGUUUGGUUUAUGUACUGGUUGAACCUGGUUUUUGCUACAUGCGUGAGAAAGCUGAGAGGAGAUGGUGGGGUGCGGAGAGAGAUACACACGAUGGGGGCACUCUGCGUAGAUACUCGCAGGCGUAUGUAUGUGCGCUACAAACUAUAGAGCAUAGCUGUAUGCAUGUACAUAUAUAUAUGCACGUAUGUAUGUAUAUAUGUAUGACAUAUAUACAUACGUAUACCUUAUUGCGUGUAUAUACAAUACGCCUUUCCCGGACUGUGUCACUGGGAGACUUGCUAUAUCCAAUAUCCGAAUUCCAUUUACUGCCUGGGUAUGUAAUAUGGAACACAUUUAAACAUAUGCAUGUACACAGCGGAGUGUAAUACGUCCACCUGCGUAUAUGUAUCCGUAUGUAUUGAUGAAUAUGUCCGGUAGUCGUCUAAUGCUGUGCUGUGCACGCAGGCACUGACAAGCUUUGCAAUAAAUUUAUAUAAAGAAACAUCUCAGGCAACUGAAAUGUUGGAUACGAU